CACCCGCGAACGAUCUUGGUUGCGCGAUGACGUCAGACGUCGCUCAGUGAAGCUGCUGAGAAAGAAGAAGAAGAAGUGUGCGUGUUUUGCGUGUGUUCAGCGUUGGGGGACAGGGGCCGCAGAACCAUGAACAGCGUGGGCGAGGCCUGCACGGACCUGAAGCGGGAGUACGACCAGUGUUUCAACCGCUGGUUCGCCGAGAAGUUCCUGAAGGGAGAAAGGAGCGGCGACCCGUGCACGGAGAGCUUCAGGGUGUACCAGCGCUGCGUGCAGAAGGCCAUCAAGGACAAAGAUAUCCCGGUGGACGGGCUGGACUUCAUGGGCCCCAACAAGGACAAGCCCGAGAGCUGAUGCCGUCCAACAAGGACAAGCCCGAGAGAUAAUGUCGUCCUCACCGAGGGCCCGAAGAACAACUCGGCAAAGCGCCGAACGGCUGGAUCGCGUCUGGGUCUACUGAGCAUGCGCACAGAAAGGCGAGACCGGAAACUAUAUAUAUAUAUAUUGUUUUUUUUAAACACAACGUGAAGUCUGGGUCUAACUCUUGCUUACAUUUUCCUCAUGGCUUUAUAAAGUCUUAAAUGUGGCAUUGAAGAACAUGAACAAACUUAUCAGCACAUUUGACAAUUAUCAUUAUACCACUUUUACCCUUGGGGCUCACUGCUAACAUGAAUGAUGGAAGAAGUUCUUGCCAACGCUUGCCAACAGUUAUUUUUUUAUCAUUGCCAAAUAAAAUGUUACGCCAUCCA